CAGCCCAACUGGAAGGAGAUUGUGAACAAGAAACUAAAAUUCCCCGAAGGCCUCCUGAGCGCCAUCCAAGACGGCCACCUGGUGAAGGUCCAGCAACUGCUGCAGGUGAGCGACGGCGUCCUGCGGCAGCUGGACGACGCGGAGGACCGAGCGUGGCGGGAGGCGCUCAACCUGGCCAUCCGCGCCGGCGGCGAGGAGAUGACCAAGACGCUGCUCCGCUACGUGAAGUUCGACUUCCGCCAGGUCCACGAGGCCUUGCUGGUGGCCGUGGACACCAACCAGCCCCACGUGGUCAAGCUGCUGCUGGACCGGCUGGACCAGGAGAAGAGCCUCAAGAUGGACAUCAAGUCCUUCUCGCUGGCCAUCUUCGACAACUCCAUCGACAACUCGCGCUUCGCCCCCGGCGUGACGCCCCUCACCUUGGCCUGCGAGAAGGACCUCUACGAGAUCGUGGACAUGCUGAUGAAGAAGGGCCACGCCAUCCCGUCCCCGCACAAGGUCUCCUGCAGCUGUCUGGAGUGCUCCAACGGGCGCAGGUACGACCUCCUGAAGUUCUCGCUCUCCCGCAUCAACACGUACAAGGGCAUCGCCAGCCGGGCCUACCUCUGCAUCGCCAGCGAGGACGCCAUGCUCACGGCCUUCAAGCUGAGCCGCGAGCUCAAGAGCCUCUCGAAGAAGGAGCCCGAGUUCAAGCCGGAGUACCUGGCCCUGGAGCAGCUGUGCCAGGAGUUUGCCUUUGAGCUGCUGGGGAUGUGCCGCAACCAGAGCGAAGUGACCGCGGUGCUGAACGACCUCGGGGACGACGAGGUGACAGGGGAAGACGAGGGGCUGGACGAGCAGGCCUUCGAGGAGGGCAUCCCAAACCUCGCCAGGCUCCGGCUGGCCGUCAACUACAACCAGAAACGGGAUAAUUUGAAAAAGAAGUUAAGCUGCAAGAAUUUGAAGAAAGUAGAAAAGAAGUUAAGGCUGCUACUAUUUGAAGAAAGCAAAAGAAGGUUCUUCUGGUUUGAGUGCAAGGAGGUCUGGAUCGAGGGGCUGCGCAGCUACCUCCUGGACUGGUGGAACUUCCUGGACGUCGUCAUCCUCAGCAUGUACCUGGCCUCCUUCGUGCUCCGGGUUCUGGUCUUCCUCAAGGGCCACAUCUACUGCCUGGACGCCGUCUCCUCCGCCGAAUGCUACUAUUACACGGCAGCUGGUGAGCUCCUCUCUCGACGUUCAGCGGGUGCUCUUGAUGGAUUGGGGAUCCCACCCCCAGAGAGGUUUAUGUUCAUACUGAUGAUCAUCCUGACGGCGUUCCUGUGCGGGCUGAACAACAUCUACGUCCACUACCAGGAGUCCGAGAGGCUGGGAAGCUUCAACGAGACCUUCCAGUUCCUCUUCUGGACCAUGCUCGGGAUGGAGGAGCACAAGGUGGUGGACAUGCCCCAGUUCUACGUGGCGGAGCUAGUCGGGAGGGUGCUCUACGGGAUCUUCACCAUCGUGAUGGUGGUCGUCCUCCUCAACAUGCUCAUCGCCAUGAUCACCAACUCCUUCCAGAAGAUCGAGAAUGAUGCUGAUGUAGAGUGGAAAUUUGCCCGCUCAAAGCUCUACCUGUCCUACUUCAGGGAAGGUCUGACGCUGCCUGUCCCCUUCAACAUCAUCCCGACGCCAAAGUCCAUCUUCUACGUCAUCAG